AUGUCCAUACUGGAAUUAUUGAAGGGUACAUUACUUUGUGGAUGUCCUAUUUUUUCAACUGUUAAAUCAGAAAGAAUUCUCGGAAUUAAGUCAAGUAUCGAUUUCUAUAAUGGACACGUAUUGAAAAGCACGAAUCGAACUACUCUUGCCAUUGAUGUUGGUAUUAAGAAUUUUUCAUAUUGUAAAUCAGAGGGCUCUUCAUUUCCAUUGACAAUAACGAAAUGGGAUAAGAUUAAUUUGGAUGCUAAAUAUGGCAUGUCAUAUUCACCCAUGCUUCAUAAAGAAUCAUUACUAGACAAGAAAAGAUACUUGAACCAUAUUGCAUCCAAGAUGAUAGAUGACAAACUACUACCUUGGGCUGAUUUGGUGGUUAUUGAAUCUCAAAGAACUCGAUCGAAUAAUAAUUCAUCUACAUUACCUAAUGCAUUACUUAAUCAUACCUUGGAGAAUUUAAUAUUUAGUAAGCGAUAUCCAGGACUAAUAAUACCCAUGACUUCAAAUCAAAUGAUUAGUUUUUGGUUUAAUAGAUUCAUCAACAAAGAAUCUAUGAAGAAACUUAAGAGUACCAAGGUUAUGAGAAUGGAGUUAACAUAUAAUUGGCUAGAUGUAUUGUUUACUCUUCCUAGCUUCAAUUCUCAAUUGUCCAAUAGAAACCUUUUAGAUUAUUUAGGGUUGGAUCGUAAGCAAAAGACUGAUGAUUUGAUAGACAGCCUAUUAUAUAACCUAACUUUAAACUGCACAUUAGGACAUUUGAGAGACCUUUCUAACUGGAUCGAAGAUGAUGGUAGAGAACUCACUGGCUUUGUAGAAGAAAAGAACAAAAUUCAUUUACACUUGAUAAGGCCAAUAAUUGAAAAAUAUGAUUUGGAAGUAAAAGAUGAUUUUAAGGAAUUGAUUUGA